CCUCUUAACGGGAGACACAGCUCGACUUCUCACGGUGCAAAGUUACACCAGGAACCAGCGGCGAGGCGUUUUGUAAUUAAAUGUCUUUUGAAAAUACUAAAUGGCGUCGUGAGCUCCGCCGGUAGAUUCCCCGCAUGAGAGGAAAUACCGGUGUGGACAGAGGAGCUGCUGGUUUCAGCUUUUUUGGAUCAAUGUUCAUGUUUUUUUUCUUCGCAUUUCGGCAGUUUCCCCGGCACUGGGAGUAACGAUGGAUAAGAGACGUGGCCGGCUGUGGGGCGCAGCAGGCCUGGAUCCUGCUCUCCAUCACCAAAGCUGAGGAGCUGCAGAGGAGAGAGGAGUCUCCGAGGAGACUCCACCGCCCUGGCCUCCCCCAGGCCUUCCUCAGUAUCACCUCAGCUGUCUUUGUCGCAGUCAUCCUCAUCAUCUAGGCUGUCAGUGUAUAACUAAUUCUUGAACUGACCUUUACUAAAAUAGCUACAUACACAUCUGAUUCCAGCCGCCUCCUCAGGUCCCCCUGGUUUUUGUUUCAUGUCCUGCAUCUGAACCAUGAGGAACACCAGAUCAAGCCUGCUGCUGGGCUGCGUGCUCUUCUGCUCCGCCUCCCUGCUCUACUUGGGCAUGAGCGGAAUAGAGUGCCCUCCAAAAAGCCAUCGGUAUCGGUGGAUGGAGCUCAACUUGGGUUCAGCCAAUCAGAGCUUAUCGCUAACUGAACACUUCCCUGAAGACACUCCCCUCAUCUUUAUCGGAGGCUUUCCUCGAAGCGGCACAACACUGAUGCGCGUCAUGCUGGAUGCCCACAACUCUGUGCGAUGUGGGGAAGAGACCCGAGUAAUUCCGCGCCUCUUGGCCAUGCGGGCCACCUGGAGUCGCUCGGUGAAGGAGAGGAUACGACUGGACGAGGCUGGCGUCACUGACCAGGUGUUGGACUCAGCCGUGCGAGCGUUCCUGUUAGAGGUGAUAGUCGGCCACGGGGAGCCUGCACCUCGCCUUUGCAACAAGGAUCCGUUCGCCUUGAAGUCUCUGUCGUAUCUGUCACGCAUCUUCCCUAAGGCCAAAUUUGUGCUCAUGCUACGAGACGGCCGGGCAACCGUCCACUCCAUGAUAUCACGCAAGGUGACCAUCUCUGGUUUUGACCUGACCAGCUACAGGGAUUGUCUGACCAAGUGGAGCAGCGCCGUUGAGACCAUGUUCAGCCAGUGCCAGGCGGCUGGGGAGUCCAGAUGUCUGCCUGUCCGCUAUGAGCAACUCGUCCUCCAUGCAGAGGAGGAAAUGAGGAAGUUGCUUCACUUCCUAGAGCUGCAGUGGGACUCAUCAGUGCUGCACCAUGAAGAACUCAUUGGGAAAGCUGGUGGCGUGUCUCUGUCUAAGGUUGAGCGCUCCACAGACCAAGUGAUGAAGCCAGUAAACACAGACGCCCUCUCCAAGUGGGUGGGGCACAUACCCCCUGAUGUGAUAAGUGACAUGGCUGAAAUCGCCCCCAUGCUGGCUCGCUUGGGCUACGACCCCCACGCUAACCCGCCCGACUACACCAGACCAGAGCCCGUGGUGUCUCUGUACAACUACUCACAGAAUCUGAAAGCAACAGAGACUCCACAUCCCAGCUAAGUGAAAGAGGAAUACCCUGUAAACCAGCGUCGCUGUUCCAAGAUGUGGAUGCACCUUAAACAUGGACUUCCAGUUCAGCAGUAACUAAACCUCAGAAAAGUUUUUAAAGUAUCUCGUGUAUUUUUGAAUUGUUUGUAAGAAUAAUGUGCGGUGUUCAUGUCUAAACACGGGUGGAGUUUUUAAAAUACGGACUCACCAAGUGGUUAGGGUUUUAUAUCUCAUGUGGACUACCUGUUCGAGGAAGUGUUUUCCCUCUCCAGCAUUUCCUCCACGGUGAAGCAACAGUAUUACACUGCAUCUUGAAGCGUCCUCUCACCUCGUACCUGGAAGUAUUUCAACAUGUCUGUAAAGUUGUUACGGUUCACCACAAAUGUGAAUGUGUCUGUGGACAAGUCUUUCACUCACUGAGAGUUCAGUCAGUGUUCAUGAAACAUAACGACUGUAUAUUUUUGAAGACGUAUGUUUAUUUUCUUAAUAAAUUAUUUUGGUGUUGACCAUUCA